AUGGCCUUCCUCAAAUCCUUCGCCGCGCUGACGGCUGUCGCCGCAAUUGGUGCACAAGCUGCGGCCCUGCAACCUCGCGCAAAUUCCACAAAGAAGCUUGUUACAUCGGAAGCUUUGCGUCACCUUCUCGACAUCGACAACUUGUACGCCAAGGCUGAGGUCCUGCAAGACAUUGCCUACAAGACCGAGGGCAAGAACCGUGUCAUCGGCAGCCCGGGUCACGAGGGCACCGUCGCCUUCAUCAAGGAGACCAUUGAGCAAUUUCCAGACUACUACACCGUCAAACUGCAGGGUGUACCGCUCACAGUCGGCGUUAGCGCGAACCUGACCGCGAACAACAAGACUAUCGAAGUCUACCCAGUGACACUUGCACCGGCGGGGGAUGUUUCAGGACCGCUUGUUGCAAUUCCAAACUUGGGUUGUGAGGAGGCAGAUUUUACCGAAAGCCUCGAGGGCUCAAUCGCUCUGAUUAACCGCGGUAUCUGCUCUUUCGGAGUAAAGGUGGCUCUCGCUGCCUCCAAAGGCGCGCUCGGAGUGAUCGCAUGGAACAACGGAGAAGGCACGCUCGAGGGAUACUCUCUACAGCUGUUCGAAGACCCGGCAAACCCAUAUAUCCCAGUCGGUGGCAUCACCCUCGGUCAGGGUGAGUCUCUCCUGGCGCAACUCGAAGCUGGUGUUGGCAUCAACGUCCACCUCACCACGACGGUCAACCAAGCGACAAGUUACAACGUGAUAGCCGAGACCAUCGCGGGUGACCACGACAACGUCAUCCACGUGGGCGGCCAUUCGGACUCGGUGACGGCCGGGCCCGGCAUCAACGACAACGGAUCUGGUUCGAUUGCCAUCCUCGAGAUCGCCAUCCAACUGACCAACUUCGCGGUCAACAACGCCGUCAGGUUCAGCUGGUGGACAGGCGAGGAGGCGGGUCUGCUCGGCGCAGAGUACUACGUCAAGCAACUUCCUCAAGCCGAAAAGGAUAAGAUCCGCCUCUUCCUCGACUUCGACAUGAUGGCUUCGCCCAACUACGCCAUCCAAAUCUACGACGGCGACGGCUCAGCCUUCAACUCAACUGGGCCCGCUGGUUCUGCGGAAGCCGAGCACGAGUUCGCUGCCUACUUCGACAACCUCGGUCUCAACCACACGGAAAUCGAAUUCGACGGACGCUCCGACUACGGUCCGUUCCUCGAGGCCGGCAUCGCCGCCGGAGGUAUUGCAGGUGGCGCCGAGGGCAUCAAGACGGAGGAGGAGGCAGAGAUGUUCGGCGGAGGCGCUGGUGUUCCGUACGAUGUCAACUACCACGAGGAUGGCGAUACCGUCAACAAUUUGAAUCUCGACGCAUGGAUUGAGUUCUCGCGCGCGAUUGCGCAUAUGACGGCGACGUAUGCGCGCAGCUGGGAGAGUAUCCCGCCAAGGAACGCGUCGGCGGCGGCGAAGAGGUCGGAGAGGUAUGGCAUGUUCAAGCAGGCGUUCCAGAAGACCAAGAGGUAUCAAGCGUGGGUGUAGAUAGAUAUUCGAAAUACCACAGUGGUGUUUAAACCUGUGUUUGUUGUCCAUGACAAGGGUGAGAUGUAUAACGCAAAC